AUAAAUGUAAAUUUUUAUUAAAUUUCAAGGGGUUUGUGGUGAUUUGUGCUACUGUUUGAGAAUUUACGGUUUUACAAUAUUAUUAUUUUUUUAUGUAUUCCUUCAUUAUUGUGAGAAGUACUUUUAUGAAAUAAUUAAUAUUAUACAAAAGCUGCUUCAGCACUAUGUCGGGGAAGAAAUGUAAGCAUUGCGGCUCGUCAGAAAUCGAAGUAGAUCCGGCACGUGGAGAUGCUGUGUGCACGAAUUGCGGCACGGUGCUGGAGGACAAUAUAAUUGUCGCUGAAGUAGAAUUUAGGGAGAAUGCUCACGGUGGUGCAUCUGCAAUAGGACAGUUUGUGUCAGCGGAUACUAAAGGCGGUGCUACUGGUUUUGGCAGAGCGUUCAAUGCCGGAAUUGGUCAAGAAUCAAGAGAGAUUACUUUGAGAAAAGCCAGAGAGAGUAUAACAGGUUUAUGUCAACAACUUCGUCUGAAUCAGCAAUGCAUAGAUAUUGCAUGUAACUUCUACAAGAUGGCGCUGAGCCGACAUCUCACUAUUGGACGUCCAGCAAGUCACACACAGGCUGCUUGUGUGUACAUGACAUGCAGAACUGAAGGCACACCCCAUCUACUGAUAGAUGUGAGUGAUGCAGUCCCGAUGUACUGUUACCAACUAGGCCGCAGCUACUUCAAACUGUCAAGAGCUCUGUGCAUCAACAUUCCACCAACAGAUCCAUGUCUCUACAUUCUACGUUUCGCAUCUCAGCUGCAAUUCGAUGAGAAACAGCACGACGUCACAAUGACAGCGCUCAGACUGGUGCAGAGAAUGAAGAGGGACUCCAUUCACUCAGGUCGACGACCCUCGGGGAUUUGUGGGGCUGCACUACUUAUAGCAGCUCGUUUACACGACUUCUCCCGAACCACUUCGGAUAUAGUCCGAAUAGUGAAAAUCCACGAGUGUACGUUGCGCAAGCGCCUGUUCGAAUUCGGUGAAACACCUUCGAGUGCCCUCACGCUUGAGGAGUUCAUGACUGUGGAUCUUGAAGAGGAUCAGGACCCACCUGCAUUCCGAGCGGCGAGAAAACGAGAUAAGGAGCGAUUGCAAAGGUUAAUGGAAGAGGAGGAUGGGGAGAAAGAACUAACCGAGCUACAGAAAGAGAUAGACGCACAGUUAGAGAAGGACAGCUCUAGGAAGAAGAAAGUCGUGAGCAGCAUAGUGGGCACACCCGCCUCGUUGAUCUUGGACGAGACUAGAACAGAAGACUCGGACGCGACCAGAUUCGCUGCAGAGGACACCUUGAAUCUCAUUGGAGAGCUGGCAAACGAUGUUCAGCCUAAAGACGCUGACCCUAAGGAUGAAAAUAUGCAAAAAGCUGACAAACUGAAGCUCGAGAAGGGACUCGGCCCGGAGCUAGCUGUGAUCGGUCUCGGCCAAUCAGAAAAACAAGAAGACAAGUCGACGGACAAGUUCGUGAAGCCGGAACCGAAGCACCAGGCCAUCAAGGACCUGCACAACGCCGAGGAGCUGGUGCUCAGCGAGAAGGACGAAGACUACGUGGACUCGCUCAUAAUGACUGAUGAGGAGGCGAGUCACAAGACUCGGAUGUGGAACAAGAUCAACGCGACGUAUCUGAAGGAGCAGAAGAUUAAAGAGGAGCUAAGAGCCAAAGAAAGGGAAGAGAACAAAGAUAAAAAACGUAAAGUUCGCGGCAACUAUAAGAAAAAAGUGCACGUGAGUAACGCGGCGACGGCGGGGGAGGCUAUAGAGAAGAUGCUGGCCGGCAAGAGGAUGAGCACCAAGAUCAACUACGAUAUACUGAAGAGUCUAGAUACGCCGGGAGGUGUUGCCGCGUCCAAGGAACCUGCGCCUGCGCCUGAGCCCAAGUCGACACCGGUGGUGUCGCUAGCGACUCCGACGGCGUCAGCAGCGGCGGUGGUCGCGUCGCCCGCGCCGCCCACGACGCCCGUGCCGCGCAAGCGCAAGAAGAAGGCGCCCGCGACCGCCGCGACCGCCACACCCGCCACGACCGCCACGACCGCCACGACCGCCACGACCGCCACGACCGCCACGCCCGCCACACCCGCCACCCCUGCAGAAGUCAUAGAGGAUGAAUACGAUUUGGACGCGGACCCUGAACCGGAGGCAGGUGGGGAGAUGUCCCUCGCGGCCAUGCUGCAGAACGGAGAAGACGACGACUACUACGCGUAUGACUACGAAGACUACUGAGACUACGAAGGCAGACUAUGGCCGUGUAGUAGUUAGGAGUUUAUUGCGUAGUGUUUUGUCUUUACUCGUAUAUGUAAGCUCACGCGUUUAUCUCCGCAGGGUAAGUAGAGGCGUGUGUAUCCACGGUUCGCCGAUUGCUAUAAUGGGAUAAAAGACAAGCCUAAUGUUUCUAACACGACUUGCGUGGAUAGAGUUAAUGUCGGGCGUUCCAUUGAUAAAACAUGCUUAAAAAUAAUGAUAUAGUGGAAUAAGGGCGUGUAGAUGAAUAAACGUUUUAAACGCUUGUGAUUCUUAUACGAAAAAUAAUUAAAUAUGUAAAACGAUAUUUAAAAUCAAAGAACACAGGACAACGAGUCUUUUUCUAUCGCCAUAUCGGGCAGAAAUUCCAGAUCCCGGAUAAAUAUUAGUAGACAAACCUAUAAUUAGGGCUCGACUCGGGAUUGUACCCGAGACCUCAGCAUUACUGUUCUAUAAUAUAACUACGCCACUGAGACAGUCAGAUAUAAAAUUGUAGAAAUAUUCUCUAAAAGGCGACCAUAUGCAUAUUUAUAAAUAUUAUAAAAAAAAGUUUCAUGAAAAUUUUAGAAUCUCUGACCUAUACAAUUCUUUUUCUUAUGGUGAUAUGUAAUUUUAGCGGAAUGUAAUUUAUUUUGUAAAUACUUAUUUGUAAUUGUUAAAAUAAGAGUAACAUUAUUGUUUAGAUCGUCUGGCUUUGGAUUGCAUUUCUCUAGUUGUCGACGAACUGAAGUUUAUUUGAAGUUUGCGUCGAAAGUAGAUGCGCGUGCACUCAGUCUGUUACAGGCACGCAGCCCGCGCCCGAAAGCGACUUCAGAGCGUACUAGUAAUUUCUAGUUAUACUGGUAAUGGGACGGCCCUUUUUUUCCCCGCUAAUUUAUUUGUAAAUAUAAAAUAAUGUAUUUAUACAUAUUAAAAUAAAUAUGCGUAUGUAUGUUCUCUAUUGACUCCAAAAUGGCUGAAGGGAUUUUAAUUAAAUUUUCCCUAAUCAGAUUAACCUAGUAGGCGAUUGAAGUUUUGUAAAUAUCGGGCAACGCGUAGUCACCUAGCUUUAAAUAAUUAAUGCAACUCGAGCGCAGCCGGGGCGGGUCGCUAGAUAAAAUAAAUAAAUGUAGUCAUCUCUUAAUCAUGGUCUCAUAAAUUGUCUUUCGCGGUAGGCUUAUCCCAAAGUGCCAAAAGCUUGAUUUUAUUGCGAUUUGUUAUAUUAUAAUUCUCUCCCGACAUUUCCAAGUCUUUGCAACAUUCGUGGUCACAGGAUGGAUUGAGGUGACAUCCGAAAAGUCAAAAUUGCAAUAUCUACCUACAUUUUACAGUUAUACAAUAUUAGCUGUUGGUGAUCCGACCUACGCAGAAAGUCGACAGAAAAUUAUAAUAUGUAAAUCGUGAUAAAAUCCGUAAAAAGUUUUAUUUUAAGGCCCGGUAUCCUUUAGCCCGACCCGGGUAUACAAGCCAAGACCUCAGCACUGCACUAUUUUAAAAAAUAAAAAUAAAAAAAAAACAUUGAAAGUAAUAAUAAAGUCCGUUUAAAAAUAGGUACUUACUUCGCGGUUUCAAUGGUCACAUUUAACCAAAGGUACCUAUUUUUAUUAUUGUGUAAACAUGGUGAGUCAACACUUGCUUUAUCAGGUACUGAAACCAGCUGUUUGUGGUGAUUUUAAUGUAUAUAUCAACAGUUUGACGCACUCACACCCGUCCCUAUCCCUCUAGCCACGCUUACAUAUUGUUUCAUCUUUAAAAGUAAAUAUAAAGGUUAUUCUGAAUGCCCGUUAGUCAUAAAAUGACAAAUGUAAUUAUGGAAUAAACCGCACUUGAUUGCGUUGAUGAUAUUUGUUUUUCAUCGCUAUUACCUCCAGUAACAGCAUUUUUUUUUAAUAUGUAACAACAAUUAGUACAAAAACAAAUCCUUCUGUGAAAACAGCAUUAAAAUUCUAUAAGAAGUGAGGCAGUAAUUCAAAUUUCAAAUAUUGCUACGUGCAGGAGUGGACGUGUAGUGAUGAUAUCGUUCCAUCUCUUUCUUUCGUACGCAUCGUAAUGUCCGCUGACGUCACUUGCAAGUAUUUUGUCUCUUUUCUGUUUUAUAACACCCCUAAUACCAAAUUUCAAUGGCAUAUGACUAGUUAUUUCUUCUGUUUUAAAAUUUAUACGACGUACAUAUUUUAUAAAAAUAAUUUAAAAAAAAAAAUGUCAAAUACACUAUUUCCGUAUUACAGAGAUAAGGGAUGUUGUAUUAGUUAUCAUAAUGACUAGUUAUAAUUCCGUGUAUUCUUAUAGACGUUUUUAAUCUAGAUUAAUAGUACGAGCCGCUUACACGUUCGUUUAGCUACAAGAGGCGCCAAUAAAGCCUUAUAGACUGAAUUAUUUAUUAUUAUAUCGUUUACCGAGAGCUUCAUAACAAUAAUUACUCUGUAUUAUAGACUACCACUGCUGGGGUCGGGUCUCCUCUACUGAGUUGGUUUAGUCCCGUGGCCUAGUGCUGAUGGUAGACUUAACUUACUUAUAUCGAACAUUAUUAUGUACAUUGUACCCUGAGCAAGAUACUUACCUACAAUGUAAUAAUAUUAUACCUUUUUUUAAAUUACGAUCAAAAUAAUUGGGACAAUAAUCAACCAGUAUAUAUAUUUUUUUUCAUUUUUGCCCUUCAUUAAAAGUGUAUUUAUUUCUCUAAUAAUAAUUUAUUUGUUAUAAAGCCCUCGAUAUUUAUAUUAAUUUAUAUCUGCUACACUAUGCUGUAAGUUGUGAUGCCGUACGUGGCAUGAUCUAUUGUGAUAAGUGCACUUACAGCUUUUAUUUCUGCAGCGUGGGUCAAGUCCCCAAAGCAAUGCGAUAGCCUUCAAUUAUUGAGUUAGCACAUUUAAAUUAAUUUAUAUUUAAGUAAUUUUAUUUUCAAUGAACACAUUUGAUGCUAUUUAAUUGUACAAUAAACUUUACGUGAUUUUGUUUUGCUUGUUAUGUUAUUGUAUAUGUUUAGACAUACCAGUGUCUCACAUUCAGUGUACUGAAAUCAGUAUAUAAAAAGCCAUACAUAACAUAUUGUAGGUAUAUAGGCAGUGUUGCCAAUUUUUUUUUGAACCAGCAAAAAAUUAUGUGUUCUAACCACUAAAAACCACAAAAAAUACAAUUUCCGUCAAUUCGGGACCUUUUCUUUUUGCGUUUUCUUGCGAGGGUUUUUUCGGUCGCAAUAGUAUUCUUCUAGUAAAGCUAAUGGUUACACUACUGGUUUUUCUCCAUUUUGUGACACUACUGAUUUUUCUUACACUACAAAUUUUUCUCCAUUAUUUGAUUUGAUAAGAAAUAAAAUGUUUUAGUGGACUUCUCUGCCUUCCACUAACUUUUGUAAAUGAAUCGACAAAAAACACCAGCCCCUAAAAUAUUUCUGCGCUAAAAAGGGGAUGCAAUUUACUAAGUUUGCAACACUGUUCAGGUAAUGGAGAUUUUAAUUCGACGGUAUUCUUCCAUCCCUCUAGUUUCGGGAAACUGAGUACGCUUUAGGGUCAACGCAAACAGAUAUAAUGACAGUAAAGAAACUCAUUCCUAUUACAAUUGAAAAUUAACUUUAUUAUGUGUGUAUAUAUAUAUAUUAUAUUUGUGGAUCGAGCGAAUUGUUACAACUAGCUUCAGAUUAAUGCAAAAUUUUGCAGGAAGGCAUUUAUCCACGUGAUAACGGUAGAUUAUGUAUGUGAUUAAUUUAAUAUAUUUUGUUGUAUCAAUUCACCUCCGGAUUCUAAUUCACCCUACUUUACGAUAAAGGGAAUGUACGUAACUAUAGGUGGCAGCACUAAACCGUCACGAGGUGGUCACGAGAGUCACAGUGUGGAUAAAAAUGGUUAAAGAUUCAGAUUCCGCCACUAGAUGACAGAGUUUUUGAAGUGCGCCUUCUCUAUACAUACAUACAUCUGCUUUUACGAAUUUGAAAAUAAUUCCAGUGAUUUAGGGUAGUACGUAUUUAUUUUUAAUUUCUUCCCAUAUUUGUGGACCCUCACAACUCCUGCAUUUGGCCAAAUGCAAUGUUAGUGUAAUAACUUUCUUGACACUUAUCGCAUUAUUGAUAUAGUCACUAGCGGACGGGGAGCUCCUGAGUACGAUUGCCAACUCGGAAAAAUAUAUCAUGUUGUUUUUUAAAUCAACUGUUUUACUUAUCGUAAAUUUAUAAAAGACUUUUCUGGAACAUACAUCAUAAAGAGCGUGAUCUCACAUUAUAGUGGGUUUAGGACAGAUUAUUAUCAGCUUAAUCUCUUGAAGCGCUGAAUGUGGGACGGCACAGUAUUAAAGCACAGAAUCUUGGUUAAAAUGUACAUACAAUUAAUUAUUAUAAAUAUUGCUAAUAGGUUUUUAGUUAUGAAUAAAUUACUCUUUUGUAUCAAUAAAAUUACUUAAAACGUG